CGUGUGUUCCUUAUAAAAAGGGCAUAUUAAACAGUGUAGUUAUUAAAAUGCAGUCGCAAUUGUGCAUUUAAUUUUUUUUCUACUAAUCAUAAUAAUAGAGAUAAGCUGAAAAAUGGAAAAUUCUACGAAAAUAUCAAAGGAGAAGCGAUCGAAAAAGCAACCAGAUUCGCAAAAUAACCUCAAAGACAUGGAAGAACUCAGUAGCAGUAAAGAUGAGUUGCAAACUCAAUCACCAAAUAUUGUUGCCAAAAACGAUGAUGCAGAAGAUACGGUUGAGGAUUUGCAAAAACAACUCGAAACUCUGAUGAAUUCUUUAGCUGUACUGUCAGCAGAAAAGUCAAGAAUGGAAGCGAAUUUUCAGAGCGAAAAGAAACAAAUCAGAAGUGAACGUGAGGAGUAUGAAAGAGGAAUAAAAAAUAUGAAAGAAAAAAUAAAGAGAAUUCACGGUCAUGCUACAUCAGAAGUUGAACAUUUCAAGUAUAAGUUAAUUAUGGAGCGCCAUGAAAGAGAAAAAGAACAAGCUGAUCAUGCGCAGGCUACAAAAGAACUGCAAAAAAUAAUCCGUAAUGAGCAAAAAGCAAGAGAACAAUUAGAAAUGCAAGUGAAGGAAUUGAAAAGUAGUGUGUCAACCAAAACCCAAAAUAAAAUUCUUGAAGCGGAACUCGAUGUUCUGAAAAAUAAACUGAAGCAAGCAGAAGCGGUGGCGAAUGAAACUCCUACCAUGUUGUUGAGCCUUCAAUCAGAAAUGUCAUCGAUGAAAAAGAAGCACAGAAAUGCCAUCAUCGAGGAACAAAAAAGAGCUGCAGCUGCUGAACAAGAGGCAAAGGCUUUAGCUGCCAGUCACGAAUCAAGAGUCGUUGGCUUAGAGGCUCGACUUGCGGAGUUAUCAGAUAUCGUUGGAGGCUACGAUAGAUUACGUCAGCAAGAUCAAAAAGCAAUCUAUAAGCUUAAAGAUCAACUGAAUGAGUUACAAAGUAAUAAAAAGUUUGAUAAUCAUGACAGUCCCCAAGAACUGGCAGAAAAAAUAAAAAAUCUCUAUUUUCAGUUGUUAGAAUUAGAUAAAGAUAAUUCAUGUGCAAAUAUCAAAGAUUUAUUAAAUAAUUUAAAACUGUGUGAUAAAAGUCAAGAUAUCGUGUACAAAGGAAAGUAUGAGGCUGUAUUAACGGAAUUGGAGGCAUUAAAAGUGAAUAUGGCUCCAAAAAAUUCACAAAGUCACGAAAACGAUGAUACACAAUUACACAAAGAAAAAUCUCACGCAAAGAAUUUGGAGGAAAAAUUACGCAUGCUGGUCAUCGAGAUGACCAAAAAGGAAAAAGACUUUAAAACAAAAUUAGAAAAACAAGAGCAGAUGAUGCAAGAGCAUUGUUUGAAGACCGAGCAGUUGUUGGCGCAAAAAAAUAACGAGUGCCUGAACAAAAUAGCAACUUUGGAGCAGCAACUCUUGAAGCAGCGUGAACGCUCACUGUCCGUGAUACAGGAGAAGGAUAAAGAAAUUCACAUGCUCAAGUCAACCUUUGACGUUUUACUUUCGAGAAAAAAUAUAUCGGAGUUUGGUGGUCAAUCGUCGAGCUUUUCUUCAAAGCAGGGCAGUUUGAAGAACGAGGCCAUCGAUUUGACAUCCGGACUCUUGACGGCCGACAACAAUACUCCUAUGAUUUAUUACACGCAAGAGCUUGCGAGGAAAGAAGUUCAGAUUUCCGGCUUACGGAAGCAAAACAUGCAACUGGAAGCAACUAUCCGCGAACUCGAGAGAAAUUCAUUUCGCUUUGCAGAAAAGCACGAAGAAGAAACUAAGAAAUUGGACGCUCAGAUAAAAAGGCUCGAAGCGUCCAAAUCGCGGGAAGGAGCAAAUCUCGAGUACUUGAAAAAUGUUGUCCUCAACUAUUUGACGACAAACGACAGUGCACGCAAGUGCCAUAUGCUCAAUGCCAUUACUACGGUCUUGCGUUUCACGGGGGAAGAAAUCGAUAAGCUCGCAAAGCAUAAAUGACGAUAGCCUUUUCUAAUUGAACGAUAUUACGCAUGUAUCCCAGUUGCGGGCCGCAACUCUCAUGCACCAAGAUUUUUCGGAGGGAUGCACCAAUCAUCGAUCUGUGUAAAUAUGUACAUGUAUACUUGUAAAAUAUAUGCUAUAAUAAAUUUGUA